GGGAGGCUCCAAGGUGUGGUUUCAGGGCAGAGGUCCAGGGGAAGGGCUUUGUUCCUCAGUGUCCGUGUCUGUGAUGGGGGUUCAAGAGUCCUCCCCCCUUAGAGUGUUCUGGGGAUCACACGUGACUAUGUUCCUGGCCUUAAAGGGUGGGCACGGUCUGGAGAGGCCAGGAGGACUCCCUGCCAUCUCUCCUGACUCUGAGGUCGUCUCCCACACACCUGGAGUGUGGGUCCCAAGCUCUCCUUUAGACCUAAUGCCCCUCCUGGACACCUGUCCCUCCCAGGCACUCACCUCCCGUCUCUCCACCCACCGAUCAGCAGCUCUCCACACUGGCCCCCAUCCUCCAUGCUGGCCCCCCGUCCUCCACGCUGGCCCCUCAUCCUCCACGCUGGCCCCCGUCCUCCCCGAGUCCCUCCUCACUCACUUGCCCCUCCAGCCCAGCUGGUGCCUGGUUAGUGGGAGACCAGCAAAGAAGCUCCUGGCAUCUGGAUAGGAGGCAAUGGAGGGCCCUCCUGGGAUGCAGGAGGCCUGGCUCAUCUCUGGAGGCACAUGGGGAAGAGGGAUGGGUCGAGACACCUUGGUGGAGCCGCGGGGAGCAGGCAGGGGGAGUCCUCAGCUCUGGGACAUUUGAGGGGCCCUGUCUCAUAGGAGGGUGAUGCGGAGGAGUGUGGCUCUGCAGUCAGAUGCCCUGCUGUGUCACGUCCUGGUAGCCUUGGGCAAGUUACUCCAUCUCUCUGAGCCUCAGUCUCCACAUAGGCAAAUGGCGGCCAGGGGUAUAAUAGAGGGUCCCUGAGUAUAAAGGUGUAAGGUGUGCUCUGGACAUAUGGGGGCUCCAGAUUGGAGGCGUGGCUGCAGGUGUGGGGUUGGGCCAGUGUCUGGCAGGGAAUGGUGUGCAGGACUGAGGGUCAGGGUCCUGGGAGGAGUGGGGCCACCCCUGAGAACCCCGUCCUGGAGCCAUGGGACAGCUGGACCACGGGAGGACCGAAGGAGGUGGGAGGAUGGGCUCCUGAUGAGUCCUGGAUUCUCCAGUCAGGGCAGCUCUUGUGUUCCAGAAUCCGAAUCGUCAACUUUGUACUGAACAGCAAGAUGGCAAAUGGUGACACACUAGAGGACUUGGUCAGGGAGGGGGUCUUUGAGACCAGAUUCGCUCUGCACAAGGGGCCAGAGGCACUGGUGAAGACGUGGGCCCAGUGGAGAAGCAUGGUCCACAAGCAGCCGAUUGAUGCUAUCAGGCACUGGCCUGUGAUGGUCGCCCUACUGGGGGCAGCCCUGAUGGGCAGCUGUGCCGGCAGGGACUACUUUGGUGAGAAGGUGGCCCUGUACUUCGCCUGGCUGGGCUGGUACACCUACAUGCUGGUGCCUGCCGCAGCCGUGGGCCUCAUCGUCUUCCUGAGUGGCUUUGCCCUGUUCGAGGCAAGCCAGAUCAGCAAGGAGAUCUGUGAGGCCCACCACAUCCUUCUGUGCCCUCGUGGUGACAACAGCCGCAGGUACCAGCGGCUCUCGGACACCUGCACUUUUGCCAAGCUCACCCACCUCUUCGACAACGAGGGCACUGUGCUGUUUGCCAUAUUCAUGGCUCUGUGGGCCACGGUAUUCCUGGAGAUCUGGAAGCGGCAGCGAGCUCGUGUGGUCCUGCACUGGGACCUGUAUGGGUGGGAUGAGGACCAGGAGGAGAUGGCACUUGAGCUCAUUAACUGCCCCAACUACCAGCUGCGGCCACACCAGCACUCCUACCUGAGAAGCACCGUCAUCCUCAUCCUGUCUCUGUUCAUGGUCUGCCUCAUGAUCGGCAUGGCCCACGUCCUGGUGGUCUACCGCGUCCUGGCUGCUGCCCUCCUCAACUCAGCCUUGCCCUUUCUGGAGAAGCAGGUGACCACGGCUGUGGUCGUGACUGGGGCCCUGGUCCACUAUGUGACUAUCGUCGUCAUGACCAAGAUCAACAAGUGUGUGGCCCUGAAGCUUUGUGACUUUGAGAAGCCCAGGACCUUCUCGGAGCGAGAGAGGAAGUUCACCAUCAAGUUCUUCACACUGCAGUUCUUCACCCACUUCUCCUCCCUCAUCUACAUCGCCUUCAUCCUGGGCAGCCUCCCUUUCCUUCUAGGAUCAACGGUCACCCUGGGAAUUUGGUGCUCCUGGCAGGGCAAUGGAAGCUGGAGGAGUGGCUGCAUGAUGGACCUGUUCCUGCAGAUGGCCAUUAUCAUGGGUCUGAAACAAACGCUCAGCAACUGCAUGGAGUACCUGGGCCCGUGGCUGGCCCACAAGUGUCGCUUGAUGAGAGUCAAGCGGGGCUGCAGGUCCCGGGACCCAGAGCUGAGGGACUGGGAGCACAACUACUGCCUGAACCCGGUCAACACCUUCAGCCUGUUCGAUGAGUUCAUGGAGAUGAUGAUUCAGUACGGCUUCACCACGGUCUUCGUGGCUGCCUUCCCGCUGGCCCCACUCCUCGCGCUCUUCAGCAACCUUGUGGAGAUCCGUCUGGACGCCAUCAAGAUGGUCCGGCUGAGGCAGCGCUUGGUGCCCCGCAAGGCAAAGGACAUCGGGACCUGGCUGCAGGUGCUGGAGACCAUCGGCGUGCUGGCGGUCAUUGCCAAUGGGAUGGUCAUCGCCUUCACAUCUGAGUUCAUCCCCCGAGUGGUGUACAAGUACCACUACGGCCCAUGCCGACAGGGGGCCCACCCUGCAGUCGACUGCCUCACGGGCUACGUCAACCACAGUCUGUCUGUGUUCUACACCAAGGACUUCCAGGACCCUGUCCGCAUAGAGGGCUCGGAGAACGUGACUGAGUGCAGGUACCGGGACUACCGCAGCGCUCAGGACUACCACCUCUCGGGGCAGUUCUGGGUCCUCCUGGCUGUCCGCCUGGCCUUCCUUAUCCUCUUUGAGCACAUAGCCUUGUGCAUCAAGCUCAUCGCUGCCUGGUUUGUGCCUGACGUCCCUCAGGCAGUGAAGAACAAGGUUCUGGAGGAGAAAUACCAGAGGCUCAGGGAGAAGCUGUGCUCCCGCCCCAAAAGCACAGACGUGUAGAGGACCCAGAGCUGGUCAAGAGGGGCUGGAGCCCAGGAGCAGAGACGCAGAGCCACUGCCACCAGCUCCCACCCCAGCCAUGGCUGCACCUGUGUGUGGCAGUGGGGGUGGGCUGUAAGAAGGCCCCGUGCAUAUGGGCCCCAGCAGGCCCUUGGUUUGGGAUGUCCUGAGUGGCACCCAUGUCUGUUAGAGCUCAGGCUUGGCACAGCCUAACCUGAACUGAGUGAUCCCUGCCACCCACAGCACUGGGGAGGGGGCUUCUCAUGGAGUCACAAAGCAGGCCUGGGCCCUACCCCCAUCCUACCUGACCCCACCUCUCUGGCUUUCCUCAACCAGCAGAACUUUCUAAAAUAAAACUAAACCUUUCUGUGUUAA